ACUCACAUAUAUGUGCUUUGCUACACUGGUCGUUGUCAGUGGGUGGAGAAGUGGCUGCGAUCUCGAUUCGCUCUACCUCACAGCAAUCCCAAGACAUCUUUUGGUAAGAGGUUUUCGUUUCAAAAUCGUUCGUUGCUCUAUACUGGUGUUGAGUCACGAGGAGUUUGCGUGUGCUGGUUCAAAUAUGGAGGAGAGAUAUCCUCAGUGGGAGUCUCGACACUGAAGACACCGAAUUUUCAUGGGAAAAUCGAGGUAUUUAUCUUCAAUCUUCCCAAAUUCAGGGCAAACAUGCCCUUGAGAAUUCUUUGAUGCUAAGGUCAUCCCAGAAAAGUUUGCUCAGAGACAGACAUGGCAAAAAACAAGCGCUGGUGAAUGGCC